GCUGGAAGGUCGGCCUCCCCGUCGUCAUAGCAACAGCCGAGCGCUUCUGUCCCUAGUCUGUGAGAUUCAGAGAACGAAGCUGCGUGGCGGAUUUCUCAGUGGAGUAGAUACCCUGAAGCCCAACACUGGAGGACGGCCGCCUUGGAAAGAAUAUACAAUGUCUUCAAAGUCACCUACAACAACAUCAUCUACACCACCAUCUUCUGUUACAUUCAGUGCCAGAAGAACAGAAUCCCAUGAUAUUCCUGAUAUUUUCCAUCAUAUGAAUUAUAAUACAGAAAGAUUGUUUGGCAGAAUUAACAUCAUCUAUCUUUUAGAAAAAGCCAAUCUUGCAGUGACUUUAGUUAAUCAAAAGAAUGCACCUGUUGCCCAUGCUGCAUUUCUGGACUAUCCCAACUGGGAUAUUGUUGAUCAAGCCGCCUGGGAAGCACAUUUAGAACAUAACUACGUUCAAAACAAGUGUAUGCCUUUAAAUACUUUAUUUAUGCAUCUUUUUGUGACAACUGAUGAAUAUGCAGUUGAUUGUUGCCAUGAAAUAAUGACGACUGUUUUUAAAACUGUACCAGAGCUACAUUUUAUACUUCUCUUUGUACCCUGUCAAGAAGAUUUAGGCAUCAACUUAGCCACUGCUUUUUUACCAAUGAAGAGCAUACUAGGUUCAACUCUGGAUUUUGACUAUAGUCUAUACGUGUCACACAGGAACCAGUAUUGUCCCCAGCUGUACGUCCGCUGUGCCAGAGUUGAAGACCAUGAUGAUCUCACCCCUAUCUUUGCACACCAUAAUGAUACUCUGAGACAAAUCUAUGGAGAUUACUUCCUUGCUGAAUUGAUAGAAGCACAAGAUGAAGAGAACGUUGCUGUAGUUUGUGAGGAUGAUGGCACAGCAGUGGGCUUCAUGAGUGUAUGCUCCAAAGUGAAUAUACAGUUGCUGCAUGACUGUUUUGACUUGGGUCCCUUCCAUGGACUCUGUAAACCACACCCAGAUGACAUUCUUAAGCCACCACGGAAGCCAAGUGACACAGGUGAUGAAAUCGUUAGUGUAACAAGUCAAAAAGAAGUAGCUACUGAUACACAAGAUGCAGAUGUAGAGCAGGCUAGCAGAGUUGGAAGCAUCCGUUCUCAAAUUUCAAAUGCUAGUACAAACGUUAGUAAAAACAGAAGUAUUCAGAGUAAAACGUCAGAGAGAGGGAGAACACUUCCUAGUUCUUCAUUAGAACUGCCAGAAACCAUCAAUUUAGACAGAAGCAGAAGCAAGGAUUUGAAUGCCGCAGAGACACUGUCCUCUCUCACUCCGGAGACAGAGUCUUUCCGUCCCCUGUACAGAGGAGCAGUAAAUGCUUUUUGUAUACAGCUCUUUUGUAUUGAUGAGAAACAUGAAACAAGGUCAUUGGAUUUCAUGAAUUUUGUUUUCAACCUUUUCCCAGACAAAGAUUUCUGCAUUAUCUCAGUUCCCCAUAUGGCGCCUGAAUUUUAUCUGAUCCAAAACUUUGUCCGGAUUAUUCCCUUUAGCAACUGUACACUGGAUCAGGAGCUCUAUGUGUUUCACCGUUCAGGAUUGCUCAAGUCCUUUCUUGUAAGAGCAGCGAGGUCUAGUGAUGUCUCUGGUGUUGAAUUACUAAUCCAAACCCUGAAAUUGAACAAAAAUAUAUUGGAUGACUUAAAUAGCUAUAUAUUAGCAAGAAGAGAUCCAGAUGGGACACCAAUUCAGGCAUUUGUAGCAGAAGUUUUGCAUCAAAUUGUUGGAAUAUCAGUUAUUAGGAAUGAAAUGGAUAUUGAAUAUAUUCGCUCGCACUACAACAUUGAAGACUUUAUUUAUUUCAGUCAUCACCAGCAGGAAGAACAUGGCCACCUUUACCAUUUUGCACUGAAUCCUAUCUUUCAUCACUAUGCCAAACACUUUAUGAAGGAGAUACUUCGGUUAGCUCACAAAUCUUGUCUCUACUACCCUAUUUAUCCACAGCCCGAAGAUGGCAAGUUCCAGAAUCCCUGUGCCCAUUCCCUGACAUCUGCCCUUCAUUACAUGGUUCCUGUGCGACCAAGACGACAGAUUGUCUAUCCUCUGGAAAAACUUGGCAUAAAUGCUCCAUCAAAAGAGGUCUCUAAGGAUCAGGCGAAGUAUGCAUUGAACCACUUUAAUCGGAAGUUGUCCUUGGAGCCUAAGGUGUCCAUCAAUGCUAGAAUAGUAGUAGUUGGGGCAUCAAAUGUUGGGAUCUCAUUCUUGGAAACCCUGGUUUUUUGUCCACACCUGAAAUUUAACAACCUUACCUUGAUUUCAACUCAUGGACUUCCAGGGAAAGAAGCAUCAAACAGUCUUCAUAAGCGAUUUUUAGUUAACAGCCACUGUUUUAAUGAGAAUGACUAUGCACUGAUGUCACUUGGUUCAUGGAUUAAUGUUGUGGUUGGAAAAAUGACUGGCAUAGACAGAUCCGCAAAGCAUGUAGUCGUUUCCAAUGGGAGAAAAGUGCCGUACGAUCAUCUCGUUCUCUGCACUGGCCAACAGUAUCAGGUCGCAUGUCCUACUGGUGCAGAUAUCAAAAAAUUGUUCACCAACAGAGAGGUCUCAGAAAACUCUAACCAAAGAUAUACGGGCAUAGUUCCUUCCAAUCUUUUUGCUAUUUCUGAUGAUGAAGAUGCCUUCAUCGCAAUGAAGUGGUUAAAAGAAAAAGUUAUUUGUUCCACAGGAAAGUUUGAGGCACCACUUUUUCCAUCACCAGCAGAUGAGAGAGAGAGAGAGAGACCAGCUGCCCUGCCCUUCAUGGAUAAAAUGUCUAGCAUUUUACAGACUCUAGCUGGAAGCUCUGCAAGACACCCGAGUGCAGCAUUUGCAGGGAAUGUUAUUGUCUAUGGAAAUACAAUUGAUAUUUACACCACUAUAGCAGUUCUUCUAUCGUUAGGAAUUAGUGGCAGUCACAUACAUCUUGUGCAUCCUCCAUCAUGCUCCAAUGUUACUUCUCUUAAUAACAACACAAUAGAAAAUGCUGUCCAGAGAGCAUUGUCCAGGGCUGGUGUGACUGUGUAUCGUGAUAGUCUGCUGGCUCAAUGGAAUGAUGGCAACCAUCCGGACCCAAUUGCGUUUGCAUCUUUCACUACUAAUACAAAGCCAUUUAAAUUGCAAUGUUCUGCAUUCUUUACCUUUGCUCAGAAGAGAGUGGAUUAUGAGACCUUCAAGGCAGUUAACGAUGCAUGUCUUGUUUAUGAUGGGAGGCUUGUAAUUGAUACCAACUUCCAUACUAAUGAUGCAACCAUCAGAGCUGCAGGAUCUUUAACCAAGUUCUCCAAUAUAUACUAUGCCAACGAAUGGACACACAGCAAUUUCAGUUCAAAAGAGAUUGGCUUCCAGCUUGCUGCAACCAUGCUGAACCUUUUUGAUCCAACUCUGGAGCCAGUUUUUGAACCUCCAGAAGAUAUGGAUAGACUUGUCCCUAUAUACAAAGGAUGCAAAAUUCGAGGUGGUGUUCUACCUGGAAAAUAUAAUUAUGUGCAUAUUUUUAAGCCUGGAAUUCCCUCCCGCUUGGAUGUGCAAGAAUCACAACCUAAUUAUGGGAUGGCAAUCACAACAGGAGAUGCAAUAAAGGGGAAUUACUUCAGAAUACAUGUCAACCAGUAUAGUAUGAUAGAAACCAUUACCUGCUUUUCAAAGGAGCCCAUUCCUGUCUCCAACUACAUCUGUUUAUUUGGGCAGCAUGAGCGUCUUCUUAAUAAUCUUUGUUCCCGCUGGAGGGAGGGACUGGUCACAGAUCUCUAUAGCUACUUGAAGGACCCUUGGGCCUUGCCCAUCUAUCACGAUCGCUUUAUUGAUCUGAAGAAGGAACUACGCCAGAUUCUAGUAUCUGUCCAGGAAGAUGUUCCUUCAAUGCAAGAACUCGUUCGCCAAAUAGUGGAAGGGGAACUUGCAUUAAUUGAGAGACCAAAGACAUACCUCAAACGGUUCUAUAAGCAGAAUGUCUACAAGAGAUUGGUGGAGAAAAGCAUUCUCAAUUAUCUGAACUAUAACUAUUAUCACCUGCCAAUGUAUGCUUGGCCAGGGAUAGUUUAGGUGUGGCUGGAUAAAUAUAGCUCUUGUUACAUUAAAUGAUAAUAGACUAACAAAAAACUGAGGUGGGGGUGGGUUGCAUGUCAUUUUGUUCAAACUCUUCAGGACUGUCCAGUGGACAAGAUGAAACUUGUCUUAUUUAAAUAGCCCAGCAGGUGGAGCAUAAUCUUGAUUUUGUAAUGUAGCAAGACUUAAAAACAAAAAAACACAAAUAAGCCAUGCAGUCAAGUGAUUAUAUAGUGCUAUUUCUACAGAUCACAAUGCUUUCU